AUGAGCGGAUCAAGAGCCGCGGUGCUGAAAUCCGAAGAUGGAAAGAUAACCGUGCCGCUUCCGUUGGGCACGACCGCAUUGGGCCGCACAAAUCUCAAGUUGGAUGAUAAGCGCAAUGGCGUGAAUGCGUGCUACGUCAAGGGAACCGAAGAGGAGACGUACGUGGGCAAAGGCGAAGAGCAGGCACUGGCCUCGGGCGACACCAUCUGCUUCUGCGGCCAGUCUUACCCCUUCGUCCUCACAUUCCUGUCCAUAACCACGACCACACCAUCCGCGAUUUCUUCCACGAACAAAAGGAAAUUGGAGGAGGAGACGAGGGGAGAAGAGGAGGAAGAACAGGAAGAAGAGAAGGAGGACACGGCCCAGGCGCAGAAGAGGAGAAAGGUGGAGCCGAAGGGGGGUGGUGGCGCGUUGCCCGCCGUCGACGCCUGGCGUUCCCGUCCUUCGGCACCGGCGUCUUCCAAUACGACCUGGAGCGCGCCGCACAAGCACGUGGCUGCGUUCUUGGAGGAGCACGACGACCCGCGCAUCCGGCUCUACGCUGUCGACAUCACUGAGUCGGCGACGCUCGCGGCGAUCCGCAAGUGCUGGAAGGGCCGGGAUGCGCGCUUUCAGAUUCGCGUGGCCAACAUCACCAAGAUGAAGACCGAGGGCAUCCCGUGCCGCGUCAUCGCCAACGCCGCCAACGAAUGGUAUGGCCGCGGCGCCCCGUCCCGACAGCUGUCGUUCUCGGCCAUGGGCAGCGGUGUCAACCUGGCGAUCAACAAGGCGGCCGGCCCCGCGCUCGACAAGGAGACCAAAGCUCGCUACAAGGGAGUGCACCACGUUGUGCAUGUGAUGGCGCCCAACAUGAACCCGCAGCGCAACAACUGCCUGCACGAUGACUACACCAAGGGCGAUCGCUUGCUGGGCCAGUGCUACUCCUCGCUGCUCACCACCUUCUGGGACCUGGUCUCAGGCUCGCCCACCACCAAGGCGUCCGCCCAGGCCGAGGACGAAAUCGAAGAAGACUUUGACGAAGCCAACUUUGCGCCUCGACCCACUGAGACGAAGAAGUCAGCGCCAGCGGUGCCUAAGAGCAGCGCCAACGCGUUCAGCAUGCUCAUGACGGCCAAGAAGCCCGAGGCUGAGCCCAAGGGCGGAAAGGCGGCCUCGGAGGGUGCCUCCGCGCCCAAGGCCCCGGCCAGAGCGGGCGGCUGGAGCGAUGCGCUGACCCCGUAUGCGACUCACCCCGAGAAAGUGCCGCCAAAUAUCAUGCACCAAUACGACGACAAGACCGUGUGUAUCUUUGACAAGUUCCCCAAGGUAGCGUUCAAGCAUCUGUUGGUCCUGCCGCGUCGGCUGAUUCCGGGCUACGGCAACCUGACGGCCGACGACGUGCCCCUCCUGAAGGAGAUGCAGAAGCGGGGCCAGAUGACCGUUGAGCAGUUGACGUCGCGCUAUGGCACGCUCAAGUUCCGCCUGGGGUUCCACGCUGUGCCGUCAAUGCGACAACUUCACGACUUUGAUUCCGAGCACCUGAAGACGAAGAAGCACUGGAACUCGUUCACGACCGAGUUCUUCAUACCGGCGGACAAGUUCAUCAAGACGCUCGAAACCGACGGCAGCAUCCACUUCGAGAAGGCCAGGUACGAGGCGUGGCUGGAGGCGCCGCUCAAGUGCCACGUAUGCCACCAGAGCCAGAAGACCAUGCCCGCCCUCAAGGGCCACCUCCUUUCCCACGCUUGA